AUGAAUCAGUUCCAAGUAUUGAUCCUGGCUUUGAUAUUUGUUUGUCAGGUAAGCUCUAAGUUAAAUUAAAUAUGUCUCCACAAUAGCAAACCUAUUAAAAUAUACAUAUGUUCAUGCAUUUUUCCAAUAUGGUGCAAGAGAAUUAUAUGCUAUUCAAACUUACGAAGAAACUGACAGCUAUUCUGAAUUCGAUCACAGCCUUAAUUUCUCUAAUUCUUAAUUUCUCUGUGUACGAAGCUAAUAUGUUUAUCUUGAAACAAUACAUACACUUGAAACAAUAUCAAGCCCAGAGCAUGCCCGUUCGCAGGUUAGGCCCAACCCUAUGCCCGGGAUUCGAGAUUGUACUUGAAACGGCAGUCAAGCAUAGAUAUCUUAUUUACACUAGAUAGUGCAUCUAAUUAUUCUGCAAUUCAAAAAUUGAAGCCGUGAUUGCAGACUCUGAAAUGAGAAGAUUUGUAUGUUUUCUAUUUCUUAAACAGGGAACUUAAACAUUAAGUUAAACCUAUUCCAAAUACAUUUUUAAACUAUUCAAAUGAUGAAAGUUAUUGUUGUUUUUAAGCGUUUAUUAGCGAGUGGGAAACAUCAACAUGGCCGCCAUCUAUUCAAAUGGGGGUAACCGCUGGAAUAUUCUUGGCUUCAAUUUUACUAAAUGAAAUGCGCUAUCUAGUGUAUAUAAGAUAUCUAUGCAGUCAUGUCCAUUUUGUUCAUGGGCGUGGUUUUUUUUUACAUAUAUUCUUUCUUUUAACACUAACAUUGAGCCAUUUCACUUAUUUUAGACCCAUCCAACACUGGCCAGGUCUCAUCGCGAUGCCCUAGCACGAAGUUGCCUUGAUUAUUUUAAGAAAGGCUAUCAAACUAGUGGUUAUUAUCAAAUCAAAAGCGACGGAGCAGGCAACUCAUUUCAAACCGUAUUCUGCGAUAUGGAAUCCGAGCCAGGGUCAGCAUGGACACUUGUCGAGUCAUUUGCGCUGAAAAAUAAAGCCAUGCCUGCAUUUUCUAAACGUCCACUCAAAAUUAAUGCCCCAGUACUCCCGAAAACCCCGAACUGGAAUCUCUACAGAAUGUCACUUUCACAAAUGAACGAUUUAAAGAAGCAAUCCACUCAUUGGCGAGUCACUUGUGAUUUUCAAGCCAAGCCUGUUCAUAUUUACCGCGAUUAUGCAGUUGCAAGGUUCAAGAAUUUCGAUGUGGUGACCUUCGAAGGUAGUAAUGUAUGCAAAUUAAUGAAAUACAUUAAUGUUCGCGGUCAUCAGUGUGCCGAGUGUACGGCUAGUUGGUUUGCAUACGUCAACAGAGAAAAUGCACUUCAUAUUGACGGCCCAUCCACAGGUUGUCAGUUCACACCAGGAGGAGGAGCUGUGAGCAGUGAAGAUAAUUUUGGUUAUUACUUGGACACCAACAAGAACUUUCGUUGUACGUCAUCGCCUGAUGCAACAACGAACUUCUGGUUUGGUGGUUAUUUCUAA